AUGGACUGGCUUCGUCGAUUUUUUGAAGAGAAAGCUUCUCAGAUCAUUGUGGAGACGACGCUUGAAGACCGCGUCAAGGAGGUUCUCAACCUUGACUCCAAGGUGGAGCGCAUCACAACAGAGUACUCCAACCUCCCAAUGAUGAAAAAACAGAACAGCCAAACACUUCUCACAAAGAAGGUCGAGGAGCUAGUGAAGGAUCGUGAAUUUAUUCGUCUCACUGGAACGUUGAAAAAGUAUUCACACACUUUACAAGCCCAAAAGAAGGACAUGGAAAAUUACAUCCGUCAAUACAUUGUGAAAGAAAAGGAAAAAGUAGCUGCACUCGCAAAGUCCGAGUACGAGAGGGAUUUUGCACUUAAGAUUCACCAAUUCCAGGCGUCAUUUCCACAAACCCUUAAGGAACAGAUUUACAACAACCUCAAAAUUGAGUUUGAAAGAGAGUUAGAGAAAGAGAAGAAUAUUUUGAAAACGGAAUAUGAUAAAAAAUUGCAAAUAGAAAUUGACAAACAAAAUGAGAUACUUGGAGGGAGGCGACUUGUGUUGUAUCCAGCCAUUUUGAACGAGGACGGCAAAGAAGAUGGAAAGCAUUCACCGAAAAUAAAACGGCUCUCAAAGUAUAAAAAGUGUCAUUCUGUUGAUUAUUCUGUAUCAAAACCAAAGGUGUCCAGACUCAACGAUUUGAAGAAAAGAGACUCGCUAUUGUUUUCUUCCAUGGAUCCUUCCGAUGAAAAUGUGGAAGAGUUUGAGCAAUCGUCUCAAGAUGAGAAGAGUGAAGGUACAGAAGUGAAAUUGGAAAAAUCAGAGAAGGAAGAGAAAAUUGAAAAAAUUGAGAACAAAGAAAUAAAAACUGAUUAA